AUGGGUGCAAGUCGAAAGCUCCAGGGAGAGAUAGAUCGUGUUCUGAAGAAGGUUCAGGAAGGUGUUGAAGUCUUCGAUAGCAUCUGGAAUAAGGUUUAUGACACGGACAAUGCUAACCAGAAGGAAAAGUUUGAAGCAGACCUCAAGAAGGAGAUUAAGAAACUACAGAGGUAUAGAGACCAAAUCAAGACGUGGAUUCAAUCCAGUGAGAUCAAGGACAAGAAGGUUAGUGCCUCAUAUGAACAAGCUUUGGUGGAUGCACGCAAGCAAAUUGAACGAGAAAUGGAAAGAUUUAAGAUAUGUGAGAAGGAAACUAAGACCAAAGCAUUUUCCAAAGAAGGCUUGGGUCAGCAACCUAAGACUGAUCCGAAAGAGAAGGCUAAAUCAGAGACAAGGGAUUGGUUAAACAAUGUGGUUGGAGAGUUAGAAUCACAGAUUGAUAACUUUGAAGCAGAGCUUGAAGGGCUUUCUGUUAAGAAAGGAAAGAACAGGCCACCCAGAUUGACACAUCUAGAGACAUCAAUUACUCGUCACAAGGCCCAUAUAAAAAAAUGUGAAUUCAUUUUGAGGCUAUUAGAUAAUGAUGAAUUAAGUCCUGAGCAGGUUAACGAUGUGAAAGAUUUUUUGGAUGACUAUGUUGAGCGUAAUCAGGAGGAUUUUGAUGAUUUUAAUGACGUUGAUGAACUAUACAGUUCAUUACCUUUAGACAAGGUGGAGACACUAGAAGAUCUUGUCACAAUUCCCACUGGUAUUUCUAAGGUAAAGGAAACUGUUAUUUCCAAUCAUCAAGAGACUUCUAUCCAGGAGCAAGCUGAUGACACAGCAUCCCAGGAUAGCAAUUCUGACAAUGUUGCCAAAACUCCACCUCCUAAAAGUUGUGGAAUUAGUUCUGCUAGUUCAACUCCUACAGGCAAUCACACUUCCCCAGUUUCCAUGAAUGUCUCUAGUCAUACCUUGUCUAGUCCACCUGCUGUUGCAGCCAUACCUGGUACAAAUUCUGUGCGGAAUGUGUUGGAGAACACUAAUGUUACCAAUUCAUCUUCCGUUAAUCAGUCUACCUCUACAAAGGAAGAAGACAUUAAUAGCUUCCCUAGCCGGAGACCGUCUCCAUCACUUUCUGAUGCAACACUUUUGAGGGGAAGAAACUCCCUAUCAAAUCAAGCAACAGCGAGCAUCCCUCUUGGUUCUGCAAACAUGGUUCCCAGUAAUGGGGCCCAUGGAUCAGUCCCUUCAGCCUCUGAAAUAACUAAAAGGAACCUAUUGGGAGCUGAUGAUAGACUUGGCAGUAGUGCGAUGGUGCAACCUCUUGUAUCCCCGCUAAGUAAUAGAUUGAUCUUGCCUCAGGCUGCAAAGGCUAGUGAUGGAACUGUUUCAGUUGACUCUAGUACUGUUAAUGAAGCUGCAGCUGUAUCUGGGAGAGUUUUCUCCCCUUCUGUGGUUCCUGGCAUGCAAUGGAGACCUGGUAGUCCCUUUCAGAAUCAGAAUGAUCCAGGUCAGAUUCGUGCUAGAACUGAAAUUGCUCCUGAUCAAAGGGAAAAGUUUUUGCAGAAGUAUCAGCAAGUGCAACAAGGGCACGGUACCCUUCUUAAUAUGCCUUCUCUUGUUGGGGGAAACCAUAAGCAAUUUUCUCCCCAGCAGCAAAACCCCCUUUUGCAGCAGUUUAACUCUCAUGGCUCAUCUGUUUCUUCUCAAUCUGGUAUUGGACUUGGGGUCCAGUCCACAAGUCUCGGUGGUAUUUCUUCUGCAUCAUUGCAGCAGCCACCCAAUUCUGUCCAGUCCCCCUCUAGUCAACAGCCUCUGAUACCUGGAGUUUCUAAAGAUUCAGAUGUUGGCAAUUCUAAGAUUGAAGAACAGCAGCAACAUCAGAAUUUUUCUGAUGAGCCAACAACAGAAUCUACUGCUAGCACUGGCAUUGGCAAGAAUCUCAUAAAUGAAGAUGAUUCAAAAUCAGCUUAUGCUGUAGAUUCUCCUGUAGGAGUUUCUGCCUCUCUUCCAGAAUCUGCUCAAACUUCCAGGGAUAUAGAUUUGUCGCCUGGCCAACCAUUACAAUCCAAUCAACCAACUGGCAACCUUGGUGUUAUUGGAAGAAGAAAUGGUUCUGAACAUGGAGCAAUUGGUGAUAGUUUUAGUGGACCGAGUGUUAGUUCUGGUGGGGUACGUGAUCAAUUGUAUAAUUUACAGAUGCUUGAGGCAGCCCACUUCAAAAUUCCCCUACCCAAAGACUCGGAACGUCCCAGGACAUAUACUCCUAAGCACCCGGCUAUCACACCUCCUAGUUAUCCUCAAGUACAGUCACCUAUUGUUAAUAAUCCUGCCUUUUGGGAGAGAGUAGGUCUGGAACCAUUUGGCACGGAUACUCUAUUCUUUGCAUUUUAUUAUCAACAGAAUACUUACCAACAAUACUUGGCUGCAAAGGAGUUAAAGAAGCAGUCUUGGAGAUACCACCGAAAGUAUAACACUUGGUUUCAGCGGCAUGAAGAGCCCAAAGUUGCUACUGAUGAAUAUGAGCAAGGAACUUACGUGUACUUUGAUUUCCAUAUUGCAAAUGAUGACAUGCAACAUGGAUGGUGUCAAAGAAUCAAGACUGAAUUUACUUUUGAGUAUAACUAUCUUGAAGAUGAUCUCCUUGUAUCAGUGCAUGGAAACUCUGAUGAUGAGGUUUUGGGAAACAUCCAAUUAGGACAAGGUGCUGCUUCUUCUGAUGGCAUUAGUGGACAAUGA